AACGAGUUAACAACUGAUUGCGCUCCUUUUUCGUCGGUAAAAGUCCAAAUGGUAGUUGUGGAAUAUCCCCGCAUGAGUGUCUUGUCUGACUUCGACAUUGGGAAGAAGCUUGGCCGUGGGAAGUUUGGCACGGUUUUCUUAGCUAGAAAGAAAACAUCACACUUUCCAUGUGCACUAAAAGUUAUUUUCAAGAAGCAAUUAGUAAAAAGCAAGAUGGAGCACCAGAUACAACGUGAAAUUGAAAUCAUGUGCCACUUGGAGCAUCCUAACAUUCUACAACUAUAUACUUACUUUCAUGAUCACAAACGGAUAUACUUGGUUCUCGAGUAUGCUUUUAUGGGACAAAUGUUUGAUGAGCUUCAAAGGCUGGGACGCUUUAGUGAGGCACGUUCGGCUACUGUAUGUUCUGCUUUUGCUGUUAUUCCCUCAGUAUAUUUACCAGCUUUGUGAUGCCUUGAUAUACUGCCACAAAAAGAAGGUGAUUCACCGUGAUAUAAAGCCUGAGAACUUGCUCUUGGGUUUGUAUCAUGAGCUUAAACUGGCAGACUUUGGAUGGGGAGUACAUGCUCCAUCAUUGAGGAGAAGAACACUUUGCGGGACAGUAGAUUAUUUGGCUCCAGAAAUGAUUUGUGGGACUUUCCAUGAUGAACGUGUAGAUCAUUGGACCGUUGGUAUUCUGUGUUACGAGAUGCUGUGUGGUAAACCUCCAUUCGAACGUCCUAGUUCUCAAGAGACUUAUGCUUGUAUCAAAGCUGUGAAAUAUACGUUCCCUUCUGUCAUAACGCCUUUGGCACAGGAUCUGAUUUCCAAGAUCCUCAAACGUAAUCCAACUGAUCGCCUGUCCUUAGAAGGUAUCAUGUCUCAUCCGUGGGUCCAACACUGUGCCAUUAAACAGUCAAUUCCUCAUACUAAUACAUCGGAACCAAAGCAAUAGCGUUUGAAUUUCUCUCUGAUUAUUUUUAUGUAUUUUCAUAUAAAUGACUUUUCUUCUCACUGCUUUUAGCUUAUCUUUGCAUUGUGUACAGGCUGACUAUUUUCUAGUGAACCACCUGACUACA